AUGGCAUCGAUAUCAUUCUGCGGCAGCAACCAUGGGCUCCAGAUCGGAGAUAACCGUGGCUCGAUCAAUGCAGAAUUCCAUCUGCCGCCGGAGCGACUGGAAACCCCGCCUAGCCCGUUAUCAACUGUCCCAUUCCCACGCGAUCCAGAUUUCGUCUCUCGUGACACACUGUUCCAUCAGAUUCAUGAGAAAAGCUCGGUGCCAGGGUCGAGAAUAGCGCUAGUCGGCCUCGGCGGUGUUGGAAAAUCGCAGCUGGCCAUCGAAUACUCCUAUCGGGUCCGAUCCGAAUCGCCGGCGACAUGGGUUUUCUGGGUCCAUGCGAGUAACGAGGCCCGGUUCCAGCAAAGUUUCCGGGACAUCGCGGAUCUGGUCAAGAUCCCCGGUCGUCAGGAUCCGAAAAGUAACAUAUUCAGACUGGUCGAGAACCGGCUCCGGGAUGAGAAAAUAGGGAAAUGGGUUUGUAUCCUUGAUAAUUUCGAUGACGAUAAGUUGCUUUGCUCGUUUUCGGCGGUAGAGAAGGAAGAUUCGACGAAAGGCCCGAACGCCUCGACAAAACCGCUAUUGGAAUACGUUCCUAGAAGCCGAAAUGGAUCUAUCAUCAUCACGAGUCGAACCAGAGAAGUUGCAUUGAAAAUGGUCGAUCACAAGGGCCUCAUUGAAGUUAAACCAAUGGAAAGGCCUGAGGCGCUGGAGCUUCUGCAACGAAAGCUUGAACAACCAGAGGAAAGCCAAGAGAGUCGACAAUUAGUGGAAGAGCUCGAGUUUAUGCCGCUAGCGAUCGUACAGGCUGCUAGCUAUAUUCAAAAUCGGGCGCCUCGCUAUUCGGUAUCACAAUACCUGAGAGACUUCCAAAGGAGUGACCGCGAAGCGACAAAGCUUCUGAAAAAAGAGUCAGGUCACCUUAACCGGGAUUGGGAAGCGAAGAACUCAAUUCUGGUAACGUGGCAAAUAUCAUUUGACCGUAUUCGCCGCACACAGCCAUCUGCAGCGGAGUUGCUUUCUCUCAUGAGCUUUUUCGAUCGGCAAGGGAUACCAGAGAACCUUGUCCGGUAUCAACCUAAGGCCUAUCACGCACCAAGUUCAGAACUUCUGGACGACUACAGUGACGGGGAGACAUCUGAAUCAGACAUAGGGCCCGAUUUCGAAGACGACGUCGCAGCACUAAGGGAUUAUUCAUUCAUAUCUGUGAGCGAGAACCGUGCUUUCUUUACGAUGCAUCGGCUGGUGCAGCUGACUACGCGCGCAUGGUUGAAAUCUCAUGGACAAAUAGACCAAUGGAGGGAGAAAUUCAUCAGCAAUUUGUGUGAAGAGUUCCCCACGGGUGAAUACGAAAACUGGGAGAGAUGCAGGUCGCUCUUUCCUCAUGUUAAAUCAGCAAUGUCACAGCGGCCAGCAUCACUUGAUUCUCUACGACAAUGGGCGACACUACUUUAUAGAGGUGCAUGGUAUGCGUCACAAAGCGGUAAUAUCGCAGACAUAAGAGAAAUGGCAUCAGUGUCAAGAAUUCAAAGGAUGAUCUUAUUCGGUGAAGAGCAAGAAGAAGUCCUUGAUAGCACAAGUAUGUUGGCAACAGCAUAUCAACUUGAGGGUCGGUGGGAACAGGCCGAGCAGCUCAACUUGCAGGUAAAGGAGACUCGCAAGACGAAGCUCGGCGAGGACCAUCCCUCUACACUGACGAGUAUGGCCAACCUGGCGUCGACGUACCGGAACCAGGGCCGAUGGGAGGAGGCCGAGCAGCUUGAGGUGCAGGUGAUGGAGACAAGCAAGACGAAGCUCGGCGAGGACCAUCCUGUCACGCUGUCAAGCAUGGCCAACCUGGCAUCCACGUACCGGAACCAGGGCCGAUGGGAGGAGGCCGAGCAGCUUGAGGUGCAGGUGAUGGAGACAAGCAAGACGAAGCUCGGCGAGGACCAUCCUGUCACGCUGUCAAGCAUGGCCAACCUGGCAUCCACGUACCGGAACCAGGGCCGAUGGGAGGAGGCCGAGCAGCUUGAGGUGCAGGUGAUGGAGACAAGCAAGACGAAGCUCGGCGAGGACCAUCCUGUCACGCUGUCAAGCAUGGCCAACCUGGCGUUGACGUACCAGAACCAGGGCCGGUGGGAAGAAGCCGAGCAGCUUGAGGUGCAGGUGAUGGAGACUCGCAAGACGAAGCUUGGCGAGGACCAUCCUGACACGCUGGCGAGUAUGGCCAACCUGGCAUCGACGUAUUGGAACCAGGGCCGAUGGGAGGAGGCCGAGCAGCUUGGGGUACAGGUGAUGGAGACUCGCAAGACGAAGCUUGGCGAGGACCAUCCUGUCACGCUGUCAAGCAUGGCCAACCUGGCAUCGACGUACCGGAACCAGGGCCGAUGGGAAGAAGCCGAGCAGCUUGAGGUGCAGGUGAUGGAGACAAGCAAGACGAAGCUCGGCGAGGACCAUCCUGACACGCUGUCAAGCAUGGCCAACCUGGCGUUGACGUACCAGAAUCAGGGCCGGUGGGAAGAAGCCGAGCAGCUCAACUUGCAGGUAAAGGAGACUCGCAAGACGAAGCUCGGCGAGGACCAUCCCUCUACGCUGGCGAGUAUGGCCAACCUGGCAUCGACGUAUUGGAACCAGGGCCGGUGGGAAGAAGCCGAGCAGCUUGAGGUGCAGGUGAUGGAGACGAGCAAGACGAAGCUUGGCGAGGACCAUCCUGACACGCUGUCAAGCAUGGCCAACCUGGCGUUGACGUACCAGAAUCAGGGCCGGUGGGAAGAAGCCGAGCAGCUCAACUUGCAGGUAAAGGAGACUCGCAAGACGAAGCUUGGCGAGGGCCAUCCCUCUACGCUGUCAAGCAUGGCCAACCUGGCAUCGACGUAUCGGAACCAGGGCCGAUGGGAGGAGGCCGAGCAGCUUGAGGUGCAGGUGAUGGAGACGAGCAAGACGAAGCUUGGCGAGGACCAUCCUGUCACGCUGUCAAGCAUGGCCAACCUGGCAUCCACGUACCGGAACCAGGGCCGAUGGGAGGAGGCCGAGCAGCUUGAGGUGCAGGUGAUGGAGACUCGCAAGACGAAGCUCGGCGAGUACCAUCCUGUCACGCUGUCAAGCAUGGCCAACCUGGCAUCGACGUACCGGAACCAGGGCCGAUGGGAAGAAGCCGAGCAGCUUGAGGUGCAGGUGAUGGAGACAAGCAAGACGAAGCUCGGCGAGGACCAUCCCUCUACACUGUCAAGCAUGGCCAACCUGGCGUUGACGUACCAGAACCAGGGCCGGUGGGAAGAAGCCGAGCAGCUUGAGGUGCAGGUGAUGGAGACGAGCAAGACGAAGCUUGGCGAGGACCAUCCUGACACGCUGUCAAGCAUGGCCAACCUGGCGUUGACGUACCAGAAUCAGGGCCGGUGGGAAGAAGCCGAGCAGCUCAACUUGCAGGUAAAGGAGACUCGCAAGACGAAGCUCGGCGAGGACCAUCCCUCUACGCUGGCGAGUAUGGCCAACCUGGCAUCGACGUAUUGGAACCAGGGCCGGUGGGAAGAAGCCGAGCAGCUUGAGGUGCAGGUGAUGGAGACGAGCAAGACGAAGCUUGGCGAGGACCAUCCUGACACGCUGUCAAGCAUGGCCAACCUGGCGUUGACGUACCAGAACCAGGGCCGGUGGGAAGAAGCCGAGCAGCUCAACUUGCAGGUAAAGGAGACUCGCAAGACGAAGCUUGGCGAGGGCCAUCCCUCUACGCUGUCAAGCAUGGCCAACCUGGCAUCGACGUAUUGGAACCAGGGCCGAUGGGAGGAGGCCGAGCAGCUUGAGGUGCAGGUGAUGGAGACGAGCAAGACGAAGCUCGGCGAGUACCAUCCUGACACGCUGUCAAGCAUGGUCAACCUCGCUUUUACCUGGAAAUCGUCAGGGCACGAUGCCAAGGCCAAUACUUUACUACGAAACUACCUAGCCAAAUAG